UCGUCCCCCUCGUCCACUUCCCUGGCAUAGCCGCCGCUCGUCCUCCUCUCCCCCUCGUUCCUCACGACCGCUGAUGUGCCUCCCUCCUCCUUCCCAUGGAAUCUCCAUCGGCCCUUCCUCGUGCUCAAGAUGUGGAGGGGCAACAGGCGACGGUGGAGGAGAAGAUCCACGACCAGCUGCCGCCGGUCAUCCUCCUACCGCGCCGACCCGCGUAUCCUCUCCCUCUCCUCGCGCCGCCGCCGGCCCCCGAUCCCGUGCCUCCAGCCCUGGUUCGAGUGCGCGGCGCCCUUCGGCGUCGACGAUCGACAGGGCGAGAUGGCGCCCGCCGCCAGUCCCCAAUCCCGCGCCUCCCGCCCCUGCUUCGCGCAUACGACGAAACAACCGUUGGUGUGGUAGCGGCCUUCGGCGACGAGGAGGCCCAGGGCGACACGGCCUGCGGUGGCGUUGGUGCUCCUCAGUGCAACCACUCCGAUGACUGCCAGAUCCGUUGUUCUUGUGGUCGUUGGGCUGGAUUGGUUGUCGCACUCAUCGGUCUAUGGGAGCUCCUUUUGGUGAACCCUCUUGUCUGCUCAUUGUUGGAUCUAUGGCAGCCUCCCUGUCUUCGUCCAGGGACUUACAGGAGUGUGCUUUGGCUGGAUGCUACUAAGGCUGGAAUUUUUUCCUCAUUUGCACAUGGGUGCUUCGUGCUUGGUGGUUUUUUUCUUUUCGUUCAAUUGGCAUGGCCUACUAAUGUGUGUGCUGGCCCUGCGUGUCCUAUGUCAUUCCAGUGGCGUCAGUUUGUGAGGAUUGAAUGAUGGGCGUCAGUUUGUGAGGAUUGAAUGAUAGAACAUGCUGGUCAUAGUGUGUUGCCAGGAAGGUGUGGAUGCAAUAAGACAUGUGCCCUUUAGUUUAGUCUGGGUUUUUUUAGGGGUUUUGGUUUAGUCUGGUACAUUUGAAUUAGUCUGCUUGUCCGUGUCCAUUUAGUCUUUUGCUUUUGGUUGGCACUUUAAGGGUUGUUUGCCGAGAAACAGAGAUUUGUUUCUCCAUUCACACAUGGUAAGCAGAGGUUGGAUUUGUU